AAAGAAUAAAAAAAAAAAACAAUAAACGGAAGAAGGUUCGGAUUACUUAGACGGUUAAGAAUAUCAGAUUAAGAAACGAUGUUUACUAUAUCGAUACUAUGUAUGUUUAUUUUAUUGAUAUAUUAUUUGUAUAAUAAAUAUUACAUGAAUUAUAAAAGAAACUGGCGACUCAUUAAACUUAUACCGGGACCACCGGGUUUACCAAUUGCUGGCAACGUGUUCCAAUGGCAUAUUUCAGAAGAAGAAAAAUGGAAACUUCACUGUACAUUAUCUAAUGAAUAUUAUCCCAUCUUUAAAGUUUGGAGUUUUUCCAUUUUUGUGGUGUUUAUUCGUCAUCCAAAUGAUUUAGAGACGAUAUUAAGUAGCACAAAUCAUAUCGAAAAAGGUAUUUUUUAUGACGCAUUGCAUCCUUGGCUCGGUACAGGACUUAUCACCAGCAAAGGAGUUAAAUGGCACACGCGGCGGAAAAUAUUAACAUCUACAUUUCAUUUUAAUAUAUUAAACCAAUUUGUUGAUAUCUUGAUCAAAGAGAGCGAUUGCAUGACUAAAUCUUUGAUGGAUGUUAGAGGGACAGUAGUAAAGGAUUUAUUGCCAUUUAUUAGUGAACAUACGCUAAACGCGAUAUGCGAAACUGCCAUGGGUGUCUCUUUACGAACUCUCGGCGAAUUUCAGCAACAAUAUCGAAAUGCAGUUCACGACAUGAUCGAAUUGGUAUUUUAUAGAGCAUUCAGGCCUUGGUUUCACAACGAUAUGAUAUUCUCAUUGUCAUCACAAGGAAGAAAGCAAAAGAAAAUCCUAAAAAUAUUGCAUGGAUUUACGAAAAAAAUUAUUGCGGAAAGAAAACUUUAUCACGAACGUACCAAUGGUCAAUAUUUAAAAAACCUUGAAAGUGAUAAAGAAGCGGCGACAAAUGAUGAGGUGUUUGGAAUUAAAAAAAAGCGGUUAGCUAUGUUGGACCUUUUAUUAGCGGCAUCUCAAGAAUAUUCUUUAACUGAUUCGGACAUCAAAGAGGAAGUUGAUACUUUUAUGUUGGCAGGUCAUGAUACCAUAGCGACGGGUAUAAUGUUUACUUUAUUACUAUUAGCUGAACAUAAAGAUAUUCAGGAGCGUGUGAGGCUUGAAGUCGAUGAUGUGAUGCAAGAGAAUGGAGGGAAACUUAACAUGAGAUCACUGCAAAAUUUAUCAUAUUUAGAUAGAUGUUUAAAGGAAGCAUUACGUUUGUAUCCCAGCGUGCCUACACUAUCACGAUACACUGGAGAUGAUGUAAAAUUACAAUCAUAUGUCGUACCCGCUGGAUCGAUCUUAGUGCUUAAUAUCUACGCAGUUCACAGAGAUUCCAAUUUUUGGCCAAAUCCGGAUGUAUUUGAUCCGGAUAGAUUCUUGCCUGAGAAAAUAGAGAAUCGUCAUCCUUAUUCUUAUCUACCUUUCAGUGCAGGGCCAAGAAAUUGCAUAGGUCAACGAUUUGGUCUCUUGGAGAUGAAAGCUAUAGUAGCUCCUUUGGUGCAUAAUUUUUAUUUGGAACCCGUUGAGUAUUUGAAAAAUAUUCAGUUCAAAGCGGAUAUAAUUAUUCGUCCUACUCAUCCAGUUCAUGUGAGAUUCAUCCCAAUCACAUGCAAACGAAAAUCGUUUAAAAAAUACUAACGCGGAUGCUACAUAAGUAUAAUAAAUUGAGUGUACCGCAUUGCAUUGGAAAAAUUGAAGAAAAUAGUUAAGGAUAUUACAUGUUUUUUAAAGAAAAAGUGAAAAAAAUUAUGCGUUUUGUCGAGGAGUAUAUAUAUUAACAAAACAUUCUUUUGCACAAAAUGUUUUGUGAGAUGAAUUUGAUACUUUGUUUUAUUAUCGUUUUGUUUUCAAUGUAAUUCUUUCUUAAUGGCACGAAUUAAUUGAUUUAUUAAAUUAAUGAUAUAUAAAUGCGAAUGCAAAAUUAGAUUUAGAAAACUAACAGUAAGACGCUCCUAUGUGGUAUACAUCAUAUAUCGUUGUAUACAUACUGCUCAACAAAAUUAUCGCAUGGGUAACUUUAUGUCAAAAUUUCGGAUAAAUUCAAAUAAGCAUAACUCCGUUAAAGAUGCGGAAGGGACAUUCUUUAAUCAAAAUAAAUAAUAAUAUGAAAUACAAAAUUAUAAUUUGAAUUUUCAUAACCGAUAUAUUUAUUUAUUAAACAUCUUAGUAUGAUGAAAAGAAUGGAUAUAUUCUGAUUUAGUAAGAACAAGCUUGGGAUGAAAUGUACAAAUAUACAAAUCUCUUACUAAUGAUGAAAUAGUAAAAGUUAUUCGCAAGAUUCUGCUAUGAUUACACGUAUAAUUAACACAUAAAAUUUAAUAGAUAAAUAUUAAUAAACUAAUAGAUCGUGGAAAAAUGCAAAACAAUGAUUAUCUUAAUUAU